AUGGCGAUCGUGGUCGCGCCCACCGCGAGCUCCGUCGGCCCGCGCCGCCGUUGGCUCGCCGCGGCAGCCUCGUCUUCGGCGGCGUCCGGGAAAAGCAGCGAUGAUGUUAAGGAGGCGCUGGACCAGCUGAGAGAGCUCGGAUGGGCCAAGCGUUGGAGCUCGCAGCCCUACGUGUCGCGUCGCACGACAUCUCUGCGGGAGCUCACUACCCUUGGAAUCAAGAAUGCUGAGAAUUUGGCGAUUCCAAGUGUUAGAAAUGAUGCGGCAUUUUUGUUUACAGUUGUGGGUACCACUGGAUUCUUAGCCGUCCUUGCAGGCCAGCUCCCUGGGGAUUGGGGCUUCUUUGUUCCCUACUUGAUUGGAAGCAUUUCAUUGAUCAUAUUGGCUGUCGGAAGCGUUGCUCCAGGUCUUCUGCAAGCAGAAAUUGGAGCGUUUUCUACAGUCUUUCCUGACUACCAGGAGAGAAUUGCUAGGCAUGAAGCUGCUCACUUCCUAGUCGCCUAUUUGAUUGGCCUCCCUAUCCUUGGAUAUUCUUUGGACAUCGGAAACGAGCAUGUCAAUUUGAUAGAUGAGCAGUUACAAAAGCUAAUAUACAGUGGGCAGCUUGAUGGAAAGGAACUAGACAGGUUAGCUGUAAUUUCAAUGGCAGGACUGGCUGCUGAAGGUCUACAAUAUGACAAAGUUGUAGGUCAAUCAGCAGAUCUUUUCACCCUUCAGGUCCUGUUUGCUGCAUCACUUCUCAAGAACAAUAAGGCAGCCCAUGAAGCGCUUAUGUCAGGGAUGUCCCAAAAGGCAAGCGUGUUGGGGUGCAUUGAAGCAAUAGAGAAUGCCUCCUGA